CAGGAGGGAACGCCGGGAUCACUCUUAUCACCGCAAGAUUGGAACGAACCGAACCGUGAAAGGUCCCCUCCACCCCAAGACACAGCUGGAUCGUGAUGGUGCGGAGAAGUCCUCGGGGCAACCCACCGCAAGGCAGCAGCAGAUUCGUCCGGAAACCAGCACUGCGGAAGCCCAAAAGGGUGAGACGUCGCAGCCUGGCCAGCAUGCAGCCACAUGGGACGAGGAAGAGCCCCCGGAAUCGAGGCUGUUGAGGCGGACGGGGACCAUGGCCACGGUCGAAGACGGCAGCCCGGAGCC